AUCCAGGAGAUCUUCGAGAAGAUGGACGUUGACGGGUCAGGGCGUGUUGGGGUUGCGGAGCUGAGCGAGGCCAUGGAGGUGCUGGGGAUGAAGAAGAUGGAGGGGGAGGUGUAUGCCAUGAUCCGACAGAACGACGUUGACGAAGAUGGAGUUCUGAGCAUGGAGGAGUUUUCUCACUUCUGCUACUCGUCG